AUGCUGGUCGGUCUACUCACACUCGUGACUGUCCCGCUCGCCCUCGGCGCACCCGCUGGCAGGUAUAGGCGCCAGGCGACCACCAAGACCGUCAGCGACGCUUCCUCCCUCAACGGCCAGACGUUUGACUAUGUAAUCGCCGGUGGCGGUCUUGGAGGUGUCGUCCUGGCGAGCCGCCUGAGUGAAGACAGCAAGGUGUUGCUCAUCGAAGUUGGCGAGAGCCAGGAGAACAACGAUAUCAUCACCGACGCCGCAAACUACCAGAAAGCCUUUGACCAGCCUGAACUCGACUGGGCGUACAAGACGGUGGAGCAGUCGGUGGGCGGCCAAAAGUCCAUUCGUGCUGGUAAAGGUCUCGGCGGCUCCACGCUCAUUAACGGCAUGGCCUGGAGCAAGCCCCACGACUUCCAGCUGGACGCCUUGGAGUCGGUUGGCAACCAAGGCCUCAACUGGGCGACGCUUGAGCCAUACAUGCUGGGAGUUGAGACUUUCACUCCCCCUUCGUCUCAGCAGGUCGACGCAGGAUUCACAUACAGCCAGCCUUGCCACGGCUACAAUGGCCCCGUCGCCGUGGUGUACGAAAGCCUCGUCCCGACCGACCUCGAGCACAACUUGAACGCGACGACACGCAACUUUGGUAUGCCGUACCCCUCCGACCUGAGUUGCGGUAACCCCGCCGGUAUCUCGCCCAUGGCCCACACCAAGUACGCCAGUGGCGGCAGGGAUAUCCGUAGCGACGCCUACCGGGCAUUCCUCUACGAAAAGAACCUUCCCAACCUCACCAUCCUGGUCAAGAGCAAGGUCGGCAAGGUCAACCUCGCCUCGGGCGCCGCCGGCUCGACACCCCGUGCCACCGGUGUCGAGUUCCAGAGUGUCGGCGGUUCAGACACCUACACGGUCUCUGCUAGCCGCGAGGUGAUUGUCGCCACUGGUGCGAUCAGGACGCCCGUUCUCCUCCAGCACUCGGGUAUUGGCCCCAAGGCUGUCCUUGCCGCUGCCAAUGUCGAUCUCCGCGUCGAUCUCCCCGUCGGCCAGAACCUCAUCGACCAGACCACUUCUACCACGUCGUUCAGAAUCACGGGAGCCCAGGCUGGUGGACAGAGUGUCCUCUUCCCGCGCUUCGAGGACAUCUUCCAGGGCGACAAUGUCGCCACCGCCACCAACAUGCUGCAAAACAACAUUGACCAGUACGUCCAGGACGCCAUCGACAAUGGCGCUGCCUCGUCUGCGGAUGGCCUGCGCACUGUUCUUGAACUGCAGCGCGACUGGAUCCUGAACAAGGGUGCCAGCGUGUCCGAGAACUACGACUACAGCGGCUCGGACUCUAUCGGCUUUGACUCGUGGUUCCUUCUUCCCUUCGGACGCGGUUCGGUCCAGAUCUCGGACAGCAACGCGUACGGCGACGACAACUUUAAGAUUGACCCUCGUUUCUUCACCAACGAGUUUGACACGCUUGCGACCGGUGCCACUGUUUGGUUUACACACCGCCUGACCUCGGGCUCCCCUCUCAACACCCAGAUCCGGGGGCAGAACUCUGGUCCCCCCAACGCCAAUGACGACCUGAGCACGUGGUCCGACUGGGCCAAGAGCGACUACCGCUCCAACUGGCACCCCAUCGGCACCGUUCCUAUGAUGAGCAAGGAGCUGGGUGGCUGUGUCGACUCGAACCACCGUGUCUACGGCGUCGACGGCCUCCGUGUGGUUGACGGUUCCAACCUCCCCUUCCAGGUGUCUUCCCACCUCAUGAGCGUUCUCUACGGUCUUGCCGAGCGCGCUGCCGAGGUUAUCAAGGCCGACAGCUCCAACCCGACCGACCCUACGACGACGGUGCCUACGGCUCCCACAAACACCGUCACGGAUGAUGUCCCUACCCCCACUGGCACUUCAGACCCCGUAGUGACCACUACUCCUCCUUCCAGCUCGGGUGUCUCUCUCCACCCCAACGGCAACACGGGCAAGUGUCUCACCGUCAAGGGCGGCGUUCUCGGCAACGACACGCCCGUCGAGCUCAACGACUGUAACGGCCAGGCCGGGCAGAAGUGGGACUUCUCGGACGGGCUCACCUCCGUCAAGGUCGCCGGCACCAACUACUGCCUCGACACGGGAGACGGAGUGUAUGACGGUGCCCGGGCCAAGAUCUAUACUUGCUACGCGGGCCACCCCAACCAGUCGUGGAUCCGCAGCAACAACAAGCUCACCCUCCAGGGCAAAAACUUUUGCCUUGACGACACUGAUGGGUCGACCAACAGCGGCACAGUCAUGCAGUACUGGACAUGCUUCAGCGGCAGCUGGCAGCAGACGUGGACCGCCAGCUAG